AUGUCAGUUGCAAAAUGUUUUACUGAUUUUCAUAUUGAUAUGGGUGGAUCUUCUGUUUGGUAUCAUUUAUUAAAAGGAAAGAAAGUUUUUUGGUUAAUACCACCAACUGAAUCUCAUUUACGUUUAUAUGAAGAAUGGAUAUUAUCUGGACGACAAAAUGAAUGUUUUUUUGCUGAUUUAUGUUCUUCAAAUGAUUGUCAAAUGAUAAUUCUUGAACCUGGUUGGACAUUUUUUUUACCAUCAGGUUGGAUUCAUGGUGUAUAUACAAUGGAAGAUUCUCUUGUUUUCGGUGGAAAUUUUUUACAUUCUUUUAAAAUUCCAAUGCAAAUACAAGUUUGGACAAUUGAAAGAAAAGUUCGAGUACCUGAUCGAUUUCGAUAUCCAUAUUUUAUUGAAAGUAUGUGGUAUGUUAUACAACGUUAUGUACAUUGUCUAACUGGUAUUACACAUAUUGCUGAUGAUUGGUAA